UUUGAGCGAACCCAUUUACUUGGCCAAUACUCACCCACGUGUCACCCUUUCAUUCGUCAUCACCUAGAUUUCCUUUCUAUGACCAGUCACUUGACUAUAGAUAUUAGAAAAACCGCACCCAAAGAAAUCAAUCAAAACUCACCCAACUCAACUCAACUCUCUUCUAAAUAAUCUCUUAACUCCAGAAGCGCGUUUCUAACUUAAAAUAAGUCAUUUGAGGGAACAUAGCAUUAGCAUGGGACUAAAGAGUUUUCGAACCAGCAACUGGAGUGUGCCACCUAAGCUAUGCGAUUCUUGCAAAAUCACUUCUGCCGCGCUUUUUUGCCGUUCAGAUUCCGCGUUUCUAUGCAUCAACUGUGAUUCCAGAAUUCAUUCCGCUAACAAACUCUCUUCGCGCCACGAACGUGUCUGGAUGUGUGAAGUGUGCGAACAAGCACCAGCUUCCGUCACGUGCAAAGCUGACGCUGCUGCUCUUUGCGUCACGUGCGAUUCUGAUAUCCACUCUGCAAAUCCACUCGCUCGUCGCCACGAGCGUGUUCCUGUUGAACCUUUCUACGACUCUGCUGAAUCUGUUGUCAAAUCUUCCACCGCCGCUGCUGCUGCUGCCGCUUCGUUCAAUUUCGUUGUUCCUACUGAUGACGGUUACGGUCAAGAUGAUGUUGAAACAGCCGCCGCGUGGCUAAUUCCGAAUCCUAAUUUUGGAUCUAAACUUGCUGAAACCCCAGAUAUCAAAACUAGAGAGAUGUUUUUCUCCGAUAUGGAUCCGUUUCUUGAUUUUGAUUACUCAAACAACUUCCAGAACAAUAACUGUAGCAACGGUUUAAAUGAUAGCGUUGUUCCGGUUCAAACUAAACCUAUUCCGGUGCCGAUUAUGAAUCAUAACUCAGAAGGUUGCUUCGACAUCGAUUUUUGUAGAUCGAAGCUAUCUUCGUUUAAUUAUCCAUCACAUUCUAUUAGCCAUAGCGUUUCAUCUUCUUCACUUGACGUUGGAGUGGUACCGGACGGAAACACCGUGUCGGAGUUAUCAUACACUUUCGGUGGUGGUUCAGAAUCAAGUGGAAUAGUUUCAGGAGGUGUGAAUAGUAACCAAGGGGUGCAAGGAGCAACUCAAUUGUGUGGAAUGGAUCGUGAAGCAAGAGUUCUUAGGUACAGAGAGAAGAGAAAGAACCGUAAAUUCGAGAAAACUAUUCGUUACGCUUCGCGAAAAGCUUAUGCAGAAACCCGGCCCAGAAUUAAAGGCCGGUUCGCUAAACGAACCGAAAUUGACUCGGAUGUAGACCGUUUCUAUAAUCCGACCGAUCCUCUUACAGUUCCUGGUUCACUUUUAAUGGACUCUCAGUACGGCGUCGUUCCCACGUUUUAGCAAACAACAUAAACAGAGGAGUAUACUAUAGUAUAUAUAGUAUGAAUUUCUCGUAUAGUAUCGUUGGCAUGUGUUUAGAAUAAUAAUAGUAGUACUAAUUAAUGAUUAGUGAUUAUGUGGGAACCGUUGAUUACUAUUUAUAUUUAUUAGGAUGGAAUAUGGAAUAUGGAAUAUGGAACAUGGAACAUGGAAGAUGCAGAUGAUGAUGAUGAUGAUGAUGAUGAAGAUUUGUCUGGAGUAAAAAAAAGGCGUUGUUACUACUUUUACCUUUUAAGAUUAAAGAAGAAAAACUUUAUGGGACUUUUUGGUUGAUAGUAUUAAUCUGGUGUAGAAUUAGAAUCUGUACUGUAAACUCAUUUUCACUGUUUAGAAGUUCAUUUUGAGUAAAAAAGAAGUGUCGUUUUCUAAUGGGAUCACGGAUCUCUUUCCCCAUUCUUAUUGGAUAGGGUGUCACUUUCUAUUUCCCAGCUGUAUCUGUAUCCGUGUUCUCAUUUGUGUUCAAAGGAUAUAUAUUAACUUUGAGUCAA